AGCCCUUGGGUCCUGGAGGAGGGGUAGUGGGGACCACGACAGGCCCCUGAUGAAGUGAGCAGCUUGCAGCCUGGGGUCGCCUGCUGUGUCAGGAGAGAUCUCCGUCCAUCUGGGAGACCCGGAUGCUGGGUCCCCAUCCUUUGAGGAGUCUCUGCCUUCGCUGACCUCUGUCCUUCCACACCUGCUUCCUGGCAUCCUUGGCUGGGGCUGUGUGCUCGGCCCCCGGGGUCUGAAGACUUGGGGUAAAGUGGACUCAGCCCUGCGUUUGCCCCAGGCUCCAGCCCAGGUGCCCAUUCCAGCCUUCUCUCCACUGCCCCCUCUGGACCCUUUCCUGAGUUCCGGGGGUGGAGCGCCCUUGGUCCUGCUGGUCCUUAGCUCGAGGUUCCUGCCUCAGAGUGACAUUUGCACGGGCUAUCCUGGAAGAGGCCGGAUGGCCCUGUCACCCUCUGCCCAUCCAGUAUCUAACUCUGACACAGUGCUGUGUGCCCCAGGCAACCUGUGCCCUGUAGACGGCAGCUCAGAUGCUCCGGGUCCGGGUUCUGAUCCGAUCUGGUGUGCGGGCCCAGCACAAGGUGCUCCAGGUCCCAGAUGUGCUGGGAGCCCCUCCUGCGGCCAACCAUCCAGAGAAACCGCUGCACCACCGGCAGCGCAGUGCUGGGCAGAGGCCAGCGCUGAGGGGCCUGCUUGCUGCUGGGGUGGGGUGGGUUUCUGGGCCUUGGUGAACCUCGGCACCGGCAUGGAGUCCGGGCAGCGCUGUGCACAGCUCUCCUCGGUCUGGCCGAGUCGCUGCAGGCCGGCUGGAGGAGGCUGGGCCUGGAGGACGCGUUCCCUCGGGAGGCCGGGUCCAGGGCUCAUUUCCUGGACGGCUCCUGGCAUCUGCUGGCCUCUGGCUUCUCGGGGUGCUUGGAAGCGCUUUUGAGGAGUGAUGAGGUCAAGGGGUGCCUGGGGGUCCCUGGAGGUCAUGUCCAGGGAGGUGGGGACACCCUAGAGGUCCUGAGCCUUGCUGGGGACAGGGCAGCUUCCUGUGGGCACGCAGCCUGCCCAGGGGGCUGGCCCGCCGCUCCAGCCAUCCCCACGCACCGCCAUCCCCGCCUCGGGCCCACGGAGGCUUCUGGGCGCUGUUCUGCGGCUGCCUCGCUACUCCUCCGCCUGCCAGGCCAGAGGCUCAGCUAGGACAGGACGCUCCCCGCUGCGCCCCAGACCUGUCUCCCUGCGCACAGCUGGCUCGGGUUGGCGGCGGAUGCGCACUGUGCUCCUCUCCAGGGGGACAGAGACCCGAACCCUUUGUCUGUCUCAGCCAGAGCCGUGAGCACCUGUGCAGAAGCAAGGGGCCCAGGGAGAGGAGCAGCUCCAGCCACGCCAGGCCCAGGAGGAUCCAGAGGCCGGCCAGGCUCCGGUACACCGGGAUGUAGUGCUUGCUGGGGUCCGUGCCUGCCACAGGAGGGACAGCAGGUGUCUGAGGGCCCAGCCACCCCCAGGUUCCCAGGGCCCCCAUCGUCCAGGUCCAGCAGGGUCCCCGGGGAAUGGCCAUGGCCCGGACCAGAGACUCCUGAGCAGGUCGCUGAGAGCCACUGUUGCCUGGAAACGUCCUCGGCUGCUCUCUCCCCACCCGGAAUCCCAGUGGGUCUCCCACCCGAGAUCCCUGCUGUCUCCUCCUCACCCACAACGUAGUCCCCGAAGCCGAUGGUGCUGAGAGUGAUGAAGGCAAAGUAGAAGCCCUCGCUGAGGCUCCAGCCCUCCACGUGGCUGAAGGCCACGGGCGGGAUGAUGAGGAUGGCCAGGGUCCCCAGGGUCAGGCCCAGGCCCAGGCCCAGGACCUGCAGGAGCUGGGAGGGGAGCAGCCCUGAGCCCACCUGGAAGGCUGCAGCGGGGAGACCAGGUGCCUGCCCCGCAGACCUUGGGGUGGGGCCUCAUCCAUGGGCGUGUGACCUGGCCGGCCAGGGUGACAGCCACAGGCAGAGGCUGUCAGUGGGACAGGAGGGAUCUGAAGCCCCCUCGAGGGUCACGCUUGAACAGGCUCCCGGGGGACUCAGAUCUAGGCAGGAAGUCACUGAACUGUCCCAGGUCCCGCCACACCCGUCCCCCAGGGGGCGGGGCCUAGGGGCAGCUGGGUGGCCUGGUUCUGUUUUGACCACAUGGAAGGACACCGGAGCUCUGUGAUGACCACAGUGAUGCAGGCCCAGAUUCUCCGGCCAAGGGCUGCAGGCCCACGCUCAGCUCCGUCAGGGGUCCUUCAGCUGCAGAGCCCUGGCACAUGGCAUCCCCUUCCCUGGAAGGCUUGGCCCAGUGCCCAGCUGAGGCACGGAAGUCUGGCCCCUGGGCCACUGCAGUCACGCCGAUGGCCCUGUUCACGGCAGAGCUCCAGGCGGCCCCACCUCGUCCAUCCUGCCCUGAGACCCAGCCUUGCCCCUGCCCCAUCCCUCCACUGCCCCUUCUCUCUAUGGCUGUCUCCCCUUCCGCCCUGCACCCCAAGCUGGCCUUGGCCCGGCGCUGAUCGGGGCUGGAGGGCGGGAGGCCCUACCUGGGAGCACUGGGGCUGCUCCUCCCGCCUCUCCAGGGUGGCCAGGUGGGUGCGCAGGCCUGUGCCCAGGUGGUUGAGGAAGACCACGUUGAGUGGGAUGCCCACGAGGGCAUAGAAGACACAGAAGACCUGGCCCAGCCCGGUGCUGGGUGCGAGGUUCCCGUAUCCUGUGAGGGAGGGAAGUUCAGACUCCAGCCUCAGACUCUAGCAGAGGCCCCUUGCAGAUGACGCUGCCUCCACGAAGCCCUCCUGACGUCUGCUUCCUCCUCCCGCUGGCCCCUGCCCACAGCCGACUGCCCACCACAAGGCCGCGGCUCUGUCCCCGAGGGUCCAGGACGCCGGGAGGCAGUGCUCUGGGACCAGCUCUCAGCAGCCAGGCCCGAGUCAGACCUGGAGGCCGCAUCCUCGCCCUCGGGCCCUGCCGAGCUGGGCUCUGCCUGUCCCGAGGGCCCCGAGGGUGUGGGCCCAGCCACCUGCAGGUACCCCGUGCGGCCCAACUGGUUCCCUGUCUUGCCCGUCUCACCUGCCCGCUCCCCGCCUGUGCUUCCCUCCUCCUCCCUGGAUGGGCCCCGUCCCGUGCCAGCCUCUGCUCCCAGGGAGCCCGACUAAGACGGGGCCUCGGGAGCCCCCUUGUCCCGCAGCCGUUUACCUAUGGUGGUGAUGACCGUGCCUGCAAAGAAGAAGCUGCUGCUGAAGUCCCAGUUGCUGGGGUUGGUGGAGUUGCCUUUGGGGUUCACGCCUGAUCCUCCUGUGUCAGCCUCCCGAGUGCUGAGAUUACAGGCCUACAUCACUAUGCUCAGCUUUUUGUUCUGCCUCCUGCCUGACUUCCCCUGGCAAGCAAGGGGCUCUCUGAGGCUCAGGACUCCGGGACGGGACGUCCUUCUUCCCUGGGAAGGCCCCAGGGGCUGCAGCCAGGCCUAUGGCCCCCUCAUCCUCAUUCACAGAGCUGGUCGGAGCCCAGUGACCAGCCCUGCCUGCUUCCUGCCUGCUUCCAGCCCUGGUUCUCCUGUAGCCCAGGCUGAGGGAGGAGGAGGAGGUUCCCAGGCUCUGCCUUACUCUCUGCCUCUGCCCUGCUGUGGGGUUGUGGACCCAACCCGGCCUGCACUGUCCACCCCUUACUGGUUUGUGACCCUAUCUUCUCUGGAAACUCACGCUCCUAAUUAGGGCAGGUGUCUCUAAAACGGCAAACUACAAUUGGGUUAGGCUGUAACAGUCAUGUUUAAAGGAGGAAGCCUUGCUAAGAAAACCAAUAAUCAAGAGAUCUAAGCCACCGCUUUCCAAUUCUUUGAAAGAGAGUGAGAGCAGACACCAAAGAGUGAGUUGGAAGUACAGUGAACUUCAAGUUACGCCCAGCCUGACAUAUGAACAACUUGGGUUAAUUAGGUUAAUGGUAGAUUCAUCUGCCUCUUGUUGUCUAUAACAUGUACCCAGGUAAACAUCCAGAUCUCAGCUGAAUUGACCUAUAACCAAUGUGAGUUACAAACAACCCUUGAGAACCGAUGAAGUUCAUAAGUCAAGGGUUCACUGUAGAUGGAAUGAUUCUCAGCUUGGAAAAGAGGGCACCUCUAGAGAUGGAUAGAUUCAAAUAAUGGCUCAGAGAAAUCUUGUCCCGGGACCUAGGGUGAAGAAGCCUCUGAGACACUUGUGUUCUCUACCCAAUCACCUAUGCGACCUUCCUUAGCAGCAAGACAAGGCUAUGCUUUAUUCAAAGUCUAAUCUAGAAUUUUAUGUCUCUGAAGCUCACAGGUUAAACUUAUACCCAUCCCCUAGCAGCCACAGUUCACAUUCACCAGUUUUCUGUGCACGUAUGAAAGAAGAGAGAGGCGGAGCUUUUCCCCGGGCGGCCCCCAACCCCUUCACCUGGCAUGUGACUUGGCUCCACUUGAUGCGACUACCCCCUCGGGGAAGUGCGGUCACCCUGUCUUCCCGGCCCUCCUAAAUCCCUCCCUGCCCAUUCUGCCCUCCGUGGCUGUUUCCUCCCCUUCCCACUCCUGGCUCCCAGCUCUGAGUUUGGGUUGAACUUUUGAACCUACCAAUCACAGCAGCCUGCCCUUGUCUGUGGGCGGGGCUGUGCUGGGGCGCGGGUAUAUAUAGGCCCCGCGCGCUGGCCCUGGGUACUGCUUCUGCUCUGGACUUUCCGCAGCUUGUCCGUGGGAGAUCCUCAGUGCCGCCCUCUCACCUCCAGCACCACUGACCCCUACAAGUCCCCAUCAUGCGAGAGUGCAUCUCCAUCCACAUUGGCCAGGCUGGUGUCCAGAUUGGCAAUGCCUGCUGGGAGCUCUACUGCCUGGAACAUGGCAUUCAGCCCGACGGCCAGAUGCCAAGUGACAAGACCACUGGGAGAGGAGAUCACUCCUUCAAUACCUUCUUCAGUGAGACUGGUGCUGGCAGAUAUGUGCCCAGGACAGUGUUUGUAGACCUGGAACCCACAGUCAUCGAUGAAGUGCGCACUGGUACCUACCGCCACCUCUUCCACCCUGAGCAGCUCAUCACAGGCAAGGAAGAUGCUGCCAAUAACUAUGCCCGUGGGCACUACACCAUUGGCAGGGAGAUCAUUGACCCGGUCUUAGAACGAAUUCGGAAACUGGCUGACCAGUGCUCAGGGCUCCAGGGCUUCUUGGUUUUCCGCAGCUUUGGCGGGGGAACUGGCUCUGGCUUCACCUCCCUGCUGAUGGAACAGCUCUCCGUUGACUAUGGCAAGAAGGCCAAGCUGGAGUUCUCCAUCUACCCAGCUCCUCAGGUGUCCACAGCUGUGGUCGAGCCCUACAACUCCAUCCUCACCACCCACGCCACCCUGGAGCACUCAGACUGUGCCUUCUUGGUGGACAACGAGGCCAUUUAUGACAUCUGUCGGAGAAACCUCGACAUUCCGCGCCCGACCUUCACUAACCUGAACCGCCUUAUGAGCCAGACUGUGUCGUCCAUCACCGCUUCCCUCAGAUUUGAUGGAGCCCUGAAUGUUGACCUGGCAGAAUUCCAGACCAACCUGGUGCCCUAUCCCCGCAUCCACUUCCCUCUGACCGCCUAUGCCCCCGUCAUCUCUGCCGAGAAGGCCUACUAUGAAUACUUCAGUGUAACAGAGAUCACCAAUGCCUGCUUCGAGCCAGCCAACCAGAUGGUGAAAUGUGACCCUCGGCAUGGUAAAUACAUGGCUUCCUGCCUGUUGUACCGAGGUGACGUGGUCCCCAAGGAUGUCAACGCUGCCAUCGCCACCCUCAAGACCAAUCACAGCAUCCAGUUUGUGGACUGGUGUCCCACUGGCUUCAAGGUUGGCAUUAAUUACCAGCCUCCCACCAUGGUGCCCGGUGGAGACCUGGCCAAGGUGCAGCGGGCUGCGUGCACGCUGAGCAACACCACAGCCAUUGCUGAGGCCUGGGCUCGUCUGGACUACAAGUUUGAUCUGAUGUUUGCCAAGCGUGCCUUUGUUCACUGGUAUGUGGGAGAGGGAAUGGAGGAAGGGGAGUUUUCUGAGGCCCGGGAGGACAUGGCUGCCCUGGAGAAGGAUUAUGAAGAGAUUGGAGCAGACAGUGCUGAGGGAGAGGAUGAGGGUGAAGAGUAUUAAUCUGUCUGCUGCAAUUUAACGCUCCAUUGUCUCGUCUUGUACAUUUUUUUCUGUUCUGUGGAAUUGUUUUAGUCCUGAACUGUCAAUAAAAAUGUUUGCAUUUAAAAUGUCAA